AUGUCUUCCUCAUCCAAUAAUGCGGACUAUGAAACCCUGGCAAAUAUUCAUAUGGAAAACACAUGCUACGAUGACUGGAUUCACGGAAAUAACUUGUGUGUGAAAGCUGCCAAGAAUGUUUGUGUCGUGACUUUCAAUGGAAAGCAGUGUCAAUCUUGCACCUACAAAGCACCAGGCCAAUGUUCAAGAACAACAAUAUUUGAUGGCUACGCAAUUGACUGCUCCAAUGUGGAUAGUCGCUAUGGAGUUGGGUCUCGAUUGUGUGGAACGGAUGUCAUCCUUCCAGGCUCGUCCGUUAACAACCUCCAAAGUUCCCCCUUCUAUAAUACACACGGCGGAUCAAGUUCGUAUCACAGCGGCGGCUCUUACCAUCAUUCUGGUGGAAAUACACGUUAUCACUCCGGGUCGUCUUCAAAUUCUAAUGCUGAUCCAUUGGGUGCGAUGUUUUGGACCGUGUUCAUCUUCUAUUCACUGUUACGCUGCUGUCGCAUUAUUAUGCACACCAGCUCUCAGAGGCAAGGAGAAGGGCAAAGACAAACGGCUUACCAACGUGUAAACCGACAGGAUCCAAUGGCGGUUGGGGUGGAACUCAUCAUGGUUCCGUCGCACGACGGUGGUGUUCCUGUCGCCCAGGCGAAGGAGGCCAUACCCGAUGCUCACUUUGACUUUGAGUUUUUGCACGCCCUUCCAGACGAUGCCGUCGUUUUGAAAUUGAAGGAGGCCAUGGCAAAUAAGGAGUGGGAAGUGAUCCGGGACGUGCUGUCUAGUCUGAAAGAAAAUGGGCAGAGUAAACAAAACGAAGAACGGUCCUACUAUUUUGGAGUUAUUGCCGAGGAAGUACGAAAGACUUGGCCAGCGGAGAGGACACAAGAAAAGGAGUCAUGUUGUCCAUUCCUAGAUGAUUGGAUUGAGGCGGAGUCCAGUAGCACUGACUGUCGUAUCCUCCGGGCUCAAGUCCAAACCGCUUGGGCUUGGCAUGCCAGAUCUUCGGCAACGGCAGACAUGGUCCAGCAACAACAAUGGAGCCUUUUCUUCGAUCGUUUGAAAGCGUCAUCCGCAGAGCUCAAAGAGGCUAGCAGACUCUCACCAGAAGACCCUCUCGUGUAUUCGAAUGCAGUGCCGAUUGCAAAGGGCUUGAAGAAUAAGGACCCAAGUAUUUUGGACGUGGAAACCUGUCUGAAUCGACUUCAGAACACAGCACACGAGCCAUUGCUGUUUCGAUUUCACGCUGCCGCUCUAGAGUACUAUUGUGCCAAGUGGCAUGGAUCCCACCAGCAAAUGUUUGCGUAUGCGAGAUCCAUUACCAGCGGUUUGCCAGCCGGUCAUCCGCUUUGGGCAUUGAUUCCCAUGGCACACUACGAGCGAAAUUUGAUCGAGCAAAGACGAAACUAUUGGAGGCAGACUGGAGUAAUUGCCGAGAUUCGACAAGCCUACCAGCAUGCCUUUCCAGGGGCAUCCGAAACAUCAUCCCAAGCGAGUACAAGCACCGAAAAAUACCUUGAAUGGACCAGUCGAAAUUACUUUGCCUUUGCUUUGACCAUGACUGGACUAGUGGAGGAAGCUCGACGGCAAAUUCGGGUGAUUGGGAGACGGCCGACCGAGCGACCUUGGUGGGAUAUGCGACGGUACAAAGCCUAUGUGAAUGCUCUUGGAUUUGAUGUCCAACCGGCACUUCCCGUGGCCGAAGAUGCUCCGGCAGUAGUGGCACAGAUAGUGUAG